AUGGCGCGCCAACUCCCAGCGCACCUCACCUACAAGACUGCGCUUGCAUUGCUUCCACCAGCGGGCGUUACGCCGCCAAUUGAAGCCGUGCGUCACGUCCACGACAAGAACUACAGGCGAUGGCCACCUCAUAUCAACUUGAUCUACCCGUUCCUUGCAUCGCCGUUGGAGACUUCUGACAGCAACUCGCCUCGGUUGAGCCAGGCCAUACGUGCACGCAUCGAGAAGGCCACCUCUGGCAUACGAGCAUUUCACGUGUCACUCAACGCUGAUCCCCCUGGCAAUUUCACCCACAGCAAAACUAGUAAGACCGUAUGGCUUGGACCAUGCCCUGAUGCGACCGUCAAGCAAUUGCAAGCUGCCUUGCAAACCGAGUUCACCGAGUGCGACAGCGACCAGAGGGCGUUUACUCCUCAUCUUUCUGUCGGCCAGGCAAAGACCAACAAAGUUGCGGAGCAACUCAGCAAGGAGGUCACCAAUGCCAUCGCCGGUUUCUGCCAAGAUCAAGAGGAUAAUGACAAGACUCUAGACCGGUUUAUUGACAGAGUCUAUGUGAUCGAACGAAAAGGUUUCCAUGACAGGUUCACAAUUGUUGGCUCAGUCGAUCUAGCGCAGGAACAGCAUGCAAGCUGA